GUUGAGGUAAAAUGACUAGAAUGAAGUGAAGCAGCCGAACAAUGUGUUUAUUUGGCAUCUUGAGGUGAGGAGAGUUGCUGUCAUGCCUGGACUCCUCUACCUCCUCUCCUGGCUCUCCACGCUCCUACAAAUAUGUCUAGGAACUCUAGCCCUCGCUGCAGCACUCUAUUACCUAGCAGAGUUGGUCGAAGAGUAUACCAGCACAGCAGCUAAGGUUCUCAGAAUUUGGAUAUGGGUAACAAUUGGGUUGUACAUUUUACUCUUCUUGUUUGAGAGUUUGCCAGCAUCAGUGAUCUUGUGCGGCCUCUUCUCGCAGCUGGUGCACCUCUCCAUCCUCCGCACAUUUCCCUUCUUCUUCUUAACCUCCUUGCCAUUUAUUCUUGGCAUUGUUUUGUUCUUCGUCAAUCAUUUCCUGGCAUUCUCGUUCUUUGCCACAUAUUACUAUCCAGUAUCCGAGGUGCUGGCGUAUUUCACCUUAUAUGUUUGGCUAGUCCCAUUUGGCUUCUUCAUCUCCCUCUCGGCAAAUGAGAAUGUGCUGCCAACACGAGCAGAGUCAAGACCCUUACUUUCAAAUGAUGAUGAUUUUGUUACUGGAUACUUCAACAAAAAAGGCAAGAGAUAUGGACUUCUCUCAUUCUUUAACUACCUUAAAGAAGAGUUCUUUCCGCAGCGCGGGAAGAAGUCAUUUUAACGGGCAGGGGAAUCCCUCCAAACAAAAAUAACCACCUGUAUAGUUAUCUUUAUACAGUAUAAUGUAUAUAAAAAAGCUGAAAUUGUGUAGAUGUGUAAGGCAUGGAUGUUGUUUUUACUAUUAACUAAUUUCAUGAUUAUAAAUAUGCUCCAGGUACAUAUGAUAAACUAAUUCAGAAUUUUUCAGUAAUAGCUUUUGUACUAAAUAAAUAUAAAUUGUAAAAUCCCCAAAAUUCAGUAUGAAAAACACAUCCAGAACCAUAUUAGGGUAAAUGUAUGUCUUCUGUUUGACCAAUGUUAUUAUAAACACAUUUGUGAUAUGUAAACCAUAAACCAGAAUAUACUGUCACCUGUUAUAUAUGUUAUUUAUAUAUAGUAAGCCAUUGUUGAAGACAGGUGUGAAUAAACUGGUUUAUGCAUUUGAUGCUCAUUUCCACAUGUGUUGCACAUUUUGUAACGACUAAGUAAAUAUAAUUGAGCACAAAAA